AUGUCCCUGAAUUGUUGCUCGUCGAUGCGCUGGGCGAAUGGCCGAGAACUCGACGAUGAAGAGCUGAUUUGGGUGAAUAGUCCUGGCUACGUACCGCCACGCCUUGAUCUGACGUCUGAUUGGGUGUGCAACGACCGCGAGCUGAUCGUGGAAGAGAUGCGCCGCCAGCAGCGGUUCCUGGAGCAUCUCCAUAAAACGAUCUCGACGCUGCCUGAUGGUCCAGUCCAAAAAGAGCUCUCCGAGCAGGCCUGGAAAACUCAGCGCACCAUCACGUUUCUGACUAGACGCCGUGCGCUUGUCGAAUGUAAGGACAAGGUAGACACGCUGUCAAAGUCCUCGGCAUCGGCGGUGCGCAGAGCCAUGUUGGAGGAGAAACAAGUUCUGGCCGUCCGCUGCUCGCUGCUCGAAGACAUCUCCAUCGAACGGGCUCGAAUCGCCCAGCUUUGCUACAAUCAAUCGUUCGAGGAUCGUUCGGCCAGUGAGGCUUCAACCCCCACAUUGGCUGAUGCUACUCGCGAGGAUGCGGAAUUGGAGCUGGCUGCCCGGACGGCCCUCUUGGCAGAGAACACCCGCCUUCGCAACGAGUGUGCCAGCCUGCGCGCUGCAAUCGAAGAUAUCCAAGAGACGGCUCGUCAGGCCCUCGAAAAACAGAAU